AAAGUCCAUGUUGACAAAACGAAGGUAAAAUGUGAUGUGAUUCAACAACGGAUUGAAAUUAUUUUGAAUUUUUUAAGCGUUUGUUAAGCUCCUUUUAAAAUACAACUAUUGCUCCAGAAAUGAUCCCGUGACAUAAGAAAUGAAAAUGUGCGUGGACGGUUGUUGGAGAUGGACUUGUUAUUUUCUAAAUAUUGCUAAAUUAUUAACUGGAAUAAUUUUGAAGGAACAUUCUUGUUCUUUGAUUGCUGGAUUUACUACCCUUGUUGGAAUUAUGUACCUCAGUCUAUUUUGCGAAGUACUUGCAGUGAUCUUGUUAUUAAAUGAAUUAAUACGUCGAAAUAUUGACAAGAAUCAUCACUGGAUAAGCAUGUCUGUUACAAGCUUUCUGUUGCAAAUAUGUGCGAUUUACUGGGACCAUAAUUUGACGGGCAAAACUGAAAGAGAUUUCGAAGGUACACAUGCGUUGUCAAUUUUCUUGGACUUCACAUACUUCUCUGUGGCAAUUCAUAUCAAGUUGUCUUAUGGUAUGCUACCAGAUGAGCAGAGCCUACACAAUACUGUCCAAAAAUACUUCAAUCUUGGUUAUACGCAUUCGGAAAUGGUUGGAAUGUUUGUUCACCAUAUUGUAGUUUCCAAAACUAAAACAGAAAGAAUUCUUCGACGUUUAAACUUACGAGACGUGAAGAAAGCAACCCAGAGGAUAUUACUCGGGGAAUAG